AUGGCUCUUGUGAAAGCAGCAGAUCCACAGACCUCCUCUUCUAAUGCUUCUCGAUAUUGUCAUUAUCACGUGUUCCUGAGUUUCAGAGGCCAAGACACUCGCAAGACUUUCACUGACCACCUCUACACGGCCCUUGUCAACGCCGGAUUUCGCACUUUCCGAGACGAUGAUGAAGUCGACAAAGGAGAAGGUAUGGAGCCCGAACUGCAGAAAGCAAUCAAACACUCAAGAACUUCUGUUAUUGUGUUCUCGAAAGACUACGCAUCGUCCAGAUGGUACGAGUCAAAGUUUAUGAAGAAAAUAGUUAAAGUAAUUGGAAACAAACUAAGUCGCACACCCUUGAGUGUUGCUCCGAACUUGAUUGGAAUGUGUUCUCGAGUUGAAACAAUUAAUUUAUGGUUACAAGAUGGGUCCCCUGAUGUUGGCGUACUUGUAAUCUAUGGGAUGAGUGGAAUAGGGAAAACAACCAUCGCAAAGACUGUUUACAAUUCAAACUUUAGAAUAUUUGAAGGAAGCAGCUUCCUUGAAAAUAUCAAAGAAGUUUCACAGCAACCCAAUGGCUUAGUUCAAAUACAAACACAACUUCUUUCUGACAUUUUGAAUGGGAGAAAAAUGAAAAUAAGCAAUGUUAGUGAGGGAUUAAUUAAGAUUGAAGAUGCAAUAAGCUCCAAAAGAGUUCUUCUUGUUCUCGAUGAUGUGGAUCAUAUGGACCAAUUAGAUGCAGUAUUUCAAAUGAAAGAUCGAUUUUAUCCAGGAAGUAAAAUCAUCAUAACAACUAGGCGUGCAAGAUUGUUAAAGGCUCAUCAAGUUACUGAGGUGUAUGCGGUUGGAACUUUGACUCAAGAAGAAUCAUUGGAGCUCUUCAGUUGGCACGCUUUUGGCCAAGACCAUCCUGUUGAAGAUUACAUAGAAUAUUCAGAGAAGCUAGUCGAUCAUUGCGGAGGACUUCCAUUAGCUCUCAAAGUUUUAGGUUCUUCUCUGUUGGGGGAAAGUAUAUGUCUAUGGAAAAGUGCAUUGGAGAAGUUAGGAGCUAUUCCAAAUGGCGAAAUAAUAAAUAAACUAAGAGUAAGCUAUGACUCUUUGCAAGAUGACCAUGACCGAAAAUUAUUCCUCCACAUUGCUUGUUUCUUUAUUGGAAUGGACAAAGAUUACAUUGCUAAAAUACUAGAUGGAUGUGAUUUCUAUACAAUUGUUGGCAUUCAAAAUCUCAUCGAUAGAUGUUUGGUGAUUAUUGAUGGAAGGGACAAGGUGCAGAUGCACGACCUAAUUCGUGGAAUGGGAAGAGAAAUUGUUCGCCUAGAAUCAAAGGAGCCUUGGAAGCGUAGUAGAAUAUGGCAUCAUAAGGACUCUUUCAAAAUCUUGACGGAAAAGAAUGUAAGAAAUAUGCAUUAUUUGUACAAGUUACAACCCAUUGGAAGUGUAGAUGUAGAAAUGAUCAACCUCUUGGGAUUGGGCAACUUGUUGGAAUCAAUGGCACCCAUUCGGAUGUACACACUGUACGAAAAUUUACAAGAGGAUGAUCCAAUUCCCGUCCAGGAGGUUUGCUCUCGUUUUGUAUGUUUACCAGACGAAGAAGAAGAGCGACAGGGUGAUAUCACAGUUGCAACCACCACAGGCAGCAAUAACUCCGGCAGCCUCCGUGGCUGGAAGGUGCUCGUCACCACAGCUUGCUUCUUUCUCACCCUUACUCUAAUCACUCGGUGUAAGCGCCUUGGGGACUCUGAUGAAGAAGAUAAGAGAGGUGUGAUGUUUUAUUGA